AUUUUGAAUAUGGAGGUUUUUAAACAUAUUUAUCACCUGGAGUAGAUAUCUAUUCAUUAAAUGAACAUUUAGAGCCUCUAUUCUAUGUAUGACCCAGAAGUGCUAUAUAGCUAACAGUGUGUGUACAUGGGUGUAAAUACACGUAUAUCAUAUUUAAUAUAUAUAUAUAUAUGUUGCAUAUAAGUCCUCUGUGUGUAACAGAUAAUGUUUUACUAUCCGACUGAGGUUUACUUCUCCAGCCUAUUGUUUCAGACAACAGAUAUAAGUUGCGAUGGGAGAGGAGCGCCGGAUUUGGUGUCUAUCCCCCAUUUCCAAUUAUAGAUGGAUCAUUUCAGACAGAGAAGUACUGAGAAUCCAGACAUCUGCUCUUCACAUGAAUGCACUCACCUCCUAGAGAACAGGCUGCCAUCAUGCUCUGGAAACUGGUUGAAAAUGUCAAGUACGAAGACAUCUAUGAGAUGUUAGUCCACACCUAUUCAGCCAUGGACCGGCAUGAUGGAGUCCCCAGCCACAGUUCUAGGCUGUCCCAGUUGGGUUCAGUGUCCCAGGGACCCUACUCAAGCGCCCCUCCGUUGUCUCACACUCCGUCCUCGGAUUUCCAGCCGCCCUAUUUCCCACCCCCUUACCAGCCGCUUCCCUAUCACCAGAGCCAGGAUCCUUACUCCCACGUUAAUGAUCCCUACUCCCUGAAUCCCUUGCACCAACCCCAGCAGCAUCCUUGGGGGCAGAGGCAGAGGCAAGAAGUGGGGUCAGAAGCCGGCUCUCUCCUGCCACAGCCUCGGGCCGCCUUGCCUCAGCUCUCGGGACUGGAUCCGAGGAGGGACUACCACUCAGUCAGGCGGCCUGAUGUGCUGUUACACUCGGCCCACCAUGGACUGGACUCUGGCAUGGGGGACAGUCUCUCCUUGCAUGGCAUCGGACACCCAGGAAUGGAAGACGUUCAGUCAGUUGAAGAUGCCAAUAACAGCGGCAUGAAUCUAUUGGACCAGUCUGUCAUUAAAAAAGUUCCUGUUCCUCCCAAAUCUGUGACUUCUCUGAUGAUGAAUAAAGAUGGCUUCCUGGGAGGAUGUGUUAAUACAGGCGAGGUGUUUUGUUCUGUUCCUGGACGUUUGUCCCUGCUCAGUUCAACCUCAAAGUACAAAGUGACCGUAGGGGAAGUUCAAAGACGACUCUCCCCUCCUGAAUGCCUGAACGCUUCUCUCCUUGGAGGAGUCCUGCGAAGAGCCAAAUCGAAAAAUGGGGGGAGAUCUUUGAGAGAAAGGCUAGAAAAAAUCGGUUUGAAUUUACCCGCGGGCAGGCGCAAAGCCGCAAAUGUCACUUUACUCACCUCCCUGGUGGAAGGAGAAGCUGUUCAUUUAGCUCGGGACUUUGGGUACAUUUGCGAAACUGAAUUUCCCGCCAAAGCUGUUUCGGAAUAUCUAAACCGGCAGCACACCGAUCCCAGUGAUCUGCACUCCCGAAAGAAUAUGCUCCUGGCUACAAAGCAACUGUGUAAAGAAUUUACAGACCUACUCGCCCAGGACAGGACACCCAUUGGAAACAGUAGGCCCAGCCCCAUUUUGGAACCCGGGAUUCAGAGCUGUUUGACCCACUUCAGCCUCAUCACCCACGGCUUUGGGGCUCCAGCUAUCUGCGCUGCCCUCACAGCACUGCAGAACUACCUGACAGAGGCUCUCAAAGGCAUGGACAAGAUGUUUUUGAACAACAGCACCACUAACAGGCACACAUCUGGGGAAGGACCAGGUAGUAAAACUGGAGACAAGGAGGAAAAACACAGAAAAUGAUUUUUUUAAAGGAAAAGGGAAAAAUCUUUUAAAUAAAAAAAGAAAAAAGAAACAUUUUAAUUUUAGCUUUAAAAUAUUGGAUUGGCUUUGGAAGAAUUAUAUUAGGUAGAGCACACACACAAACAAAAGUUAACAAAAAACAAAAGAAAAUAACUUUUUAAAAAUCAGAGGCGCACAACGGAGCAACACUACCGGUUCUCGGUGUCUAUUCAAGAUACACUUGGAGACAACCUCUCGGAUUUUCCACAUCGGUUCUUUCGAUCUUAGUAAUGCUGAUAAUAAAAAAACAACCCUGAUUUUUUUUCUUUGGAAAAAUAAACAUAAGACAAAACAUGAGAAACAGUAACUUAUUGGAAGAAAAUCGGAUAAACAUUGGUGGUGUCAGUGCUUUGAAAUCUGGUUGGCUGAGACGCACGAACUGUUUUUAGACAAUUCUUUCCCUUUCUCCUCCCUUCGAACUUUCCUCCUCCCUCAUUCCCAAUUCAUUCUCUCUUCUUCUCCCUCCCUUCUUCCCUGUCUCCAUUACGAAAGUCUUCCGGGAUGAAAUGUUUGUGUCUGGGACUUAGGCGUUGCAUUUAAAACCUUUCAUUUUCACUUGACGCUUCGUUUUUAAGUCACAGGUACCAUUUUCCCCUUGCAUAGCUUUGAUGGUUAGGAUUAGCGAAGGGGAGGUGGAAGUUGAUGGGGCUGGGAAGGGGAAGGCCAACAGCUGUAGAGGAGGUCGCUGCGAUCUUUGGCAGGGACUAGGGAGAGAGCCUGGGAAUCUGGAAUAUAAGGACGAAUAAGCUGUAUUAGUCAUCUGCUUCAGCUUCCUCAUUUCCUUAAAGAAGUGUUUCUAUUUCCCAGCAACGCCAGCGUCUGCACAGGAACCUCCCAUUUGUUCUAAUAUCUGUGUGAGGUACCGGUUUUCAGAACUGUAGCAAAAGAAAACAAAACAAAAAUACGAAUAAGUUAAUUAGUAUGUAUUCCUUCGGAGGGGUAUGUACCAUUUCAUUCUCUUCUGUUUUCCAAAGCUGUGCCAGCAUGGUUUAUGAGCUUCUUCAAAGAGGACUUGGGCUUUCUACACAAUCUAUAAGGUACAGAGACAAGCAAAGUUCUGAUACUUUUUUAAUCAAAGCCGGUAAUUUCAGGAUUCUGCAGGUGCACUUCUUUAAAGAAGCUCAAAGGGAAUAAUUUAGGAAGCACCCGAUAUCGAGGUGGAAACAGCUGUCAAAAUGGUUGUUGCUAACAGUGACCUGAGCCCUGGGAUUCUAUGCAGAAACCAAAUUAAAGGGGAGAAAGGGGAGAGUCUACAGGAAAUUGGGGGAAGGUGAGAAAGGGAGGGGAGCCCAGUAUUCUUGGCAUAUUCUUUCCUCUAGUAGAUUCCACUUCUCUAGAGGAAAUUAUUGAGAUGGUCUAGGAUUCUUGUUUUUCCACGAAAAGCAGGGGGG